AUGGAUAGCAGUCUACAUUACUCUCAAAUAACUGCCACAUCAGCUACCAACCUCCCACUGGAUCAUAAUACACAAUCCACUUCUUCCACCAAUCCUUCAGAAUUCAUAAACCAUGGUUUUCUUCUUUGGAAUCAGACAAGACAACAGUGGAUUGGAGAAAAGGCAGUUGAAAAGAAUAAGAAAGCUCGUGAACCUGUUAUAAGCUGGGCGAUUAGAUGGAAUGCUACUUAUGAUAAUUUGCUUGGGACAAACAAGCCUUUUGCAAGGCCCAUUCCUCUACCUGAAAUGGUAAAUUUUCUUGUGGAUAUAUGGGAACAAGAAGGAUUGUACGACUGAAAAAGAUAAGAUUUGUGGUGCGAUUGUUACGUUGAAUUUAAAACAGUCAAAACUUGAAUAUCUUCUGUUUCUGAUGUUUUUAAUGUGAGCAUAAGUAUGUUCUGUUGUCUAUAAUUUUACCUAGUACACAUUAUAUGAUGAUUUCUUAAUGUUGAUUGAAUGAAUUUGUUUUGAAAAGGAAAUAUCUAGUUUUAUUUCAUCUAUUAA